CGUGCUUGCCAUCUGCAAGUGAUAGUGGGGAAGCAGCACGGCCGCGAAUUCGGUCUUGUACAGCACUGCGCCCAUCCUGCCAUCCCGGCGGCCUCCAGACCACGGUUGGCUCUCCGUCAGGAAAACUGUGACGUUCCCAGUACCGUGUUAAGUAGCUGCACCAAACACGGCAGACGCUCUGAGGAGUUCCGCAGCCUGGCAACCUGUUCCGUUGCCAUUUGCUGUCCAUCGCGAGUUUGCUGCUUCCAGUAGCGCGCACACCGCCGAUUCUACCAUUCGAGCCGCCAGCAUAGAAGAGAAACAGCACCACGCACCACAAUGGCCGAAACGACUUCAGCUGUGCCCACAAGGGACCUACCUCCAACGCCUCCGCCCCAUGGCGCCAACGCGCAAACUGGUGCGAGUCCCAUCCGCAGGCCUCCGAUUCCGUCCUUCAGCAUCGACGAGCAUGCCGACACAAUGGCCGGAGGCCGCGAUUCGAGGCAGUCCGGGUCGUCUCUGACACCAAGCUCCGUCGGUCACUCCAGAACACCGUCAAGAGAGACACCGGAUCUAGCAAACAAUCGAGACUCGGCAGCCUCGGAUGCGGUGACAAGGGACAUACCCAUUCGGCAGCUGCACAUCAGCGACGGUUCCUACGGCAGCCGGUAUUCUCACGCCGGAGAGCUGGAGAUGGCAAGCGUGCAAGAUGAGCCUGAUUCCAUCUAUACUCCUCGAGAGCAGUACCAAGCCGGUCACUCUUCGCAGCCCACCCCUCCGCUGUCCGCGUAUCCAGCUCGCGACCCUAUGCACUCUCCAGUCCAUUCUCCAGUUCAGUCUCCAGGCACUGACUCCCACGGAUUCGACUUUGGCAGCGGAUCGCCCCUGCAAGUGCCCCGCACCACACACGUACGGCCGAACUCCGCAUAUACCCUCGGUCCCGAAAUGAACACUAGUCGUCCUACGCAUUCUCCACAUCUUUCAGUGGGUGGGUCUCCGUCGCCCACCAGCUCCCCAGUUGGCUACCAGCGACAAGCCUCGGGAAAUCGCCGGUCUCCAGACAUCAGGCCUGUAUCAUAUGUGGACUUGCUGAACCUACCUUACAAUCAGCAGGUUGCCCCGGCUGCAAACAUAGGGAGCUCGCAAUUACGAGGUGCUGUGGGACAGAACGCUUCGCUUCUCGACACCAAGAAGACCCUGGAUAUGUACAGGGCCAAUCUGAAGAAGACACAGGAUAGCCCGGUGCAGUAUGAGUUUGCACUGUUCAUGGUACAGGUGGCACGUGAGAUCACAGAAGCUGGACCGACACACGAUGACCGCGGCCUGUCGCCUACUGAGCUUCUGAAGGAAGCACGGCAGAUCUUACAGCGCUUAGCUGACCGUAGCUACCCGUUUGCGCAAUACUAUCUCGCGGACGGUUAUGCUUCCGGUCUGUUCAACAAGGACAAGCCCGAUUACGAUCGAGCGUUCCCUCUGUUCGUUGCUGCCAGUAAGCAUGGCCACGCCGAGUCCGGUUACCGCGCCGCCCUUUGCUACGAAUUUGGCUGGGGAUGCCGCAAAGACUACGCCAAAGCUGUGCAAUUUUUCCGUGCUGCUGCGUCCAAGAAUCACCCUGGAGCCGCUACACGGCUUGGUUCUGCAUGCCUCAGAGGCGACAUGGGUCUUCAGGGCAAGUACAGGGAGGGUGUAAAGUGGCUGAAGCGUGCAUCCGAAUCCGCCGACUACCAGUAUAACAACGCCCCGUAUGAACUUGGCCUCUUGCAUGAAACAGGUUACGGAGACGACAUCUUCAAAGACGAGGUAUACGCGGUUCAGCUCUUCACCCAGGCUGCAGAGCUAGGGCAUCCGUCCGCGGCUUUAAAACUAGGAGAGGCUUAUGAGCACGGAUACCUAUGCUGUCCCAAGGAUGCUGCUCUCUCGGUCCAUUACUAUAAUUGCGCCGCCCAAGCCGAUAUACCUGAUGCAAUGAUGAACCUUUGUGCAUGGUACAUGGUCGGUGCUGAGCCUGUAUUGGAGAAGGACGAGAAUGAGGCAUAUGAGUGGGCCAAGAAAGCUGCAGAGCAUGGUCUUCCCAAAGCUGAGUAUGCCUGCGGUUAUUUCACAGAGAUGGGCAUCGGUUGCAGACGUGAUCCACUCGAAGCGAAUGUUUGGUACGUCAAGGCCGCUGGUCACGGCGACGAGAGAGCCAAGCAACGCCUUGCCAUCAUUCAAGCCGCAGCAUCAGGCCAAGUGCACACGCCAACCGGUAAUGAGAAAGGCAAGCUCAAGAAGAACGGAAAAGAAGGGAAAGACGGAAAAGACGAAAACUGCACAGUGAUGUGAGCUUCUUUUCGCAAUUCCCCACAAAAGCUACGCAUGCAUGGAAGCAGCUUGCCCGAAGCACUGCGCUACGAUUACGACAUGGCGAAUCUGCAUGGUAUGGUUGCAUAGAGCGCUUCGGUCUGAGUGCUAGUUUCUUUAGGUUUUUUGGCAUCUACGUUGUGUUUUAUACCAAGAUUCGAGCGGAGUAAUGGAAAAUUUUAGAUGAGCAAAUAAUGGAAAAAUAAUAAUGGUAAUGCUGAACUUGUACAAGAGAGUGGCAGGGUCCACCGUUAACGAUGGUAAGAGGCGUGGUUUCUGGUUAUGGUGUCCUUGCUUAGGUAUGUGUUUCACUGCCCUCGUUUCUUGCAGACUUGUAGAGCCCACCAUAGCAACAGCUUUAUAUGCUCAUAUAGCUGUUAGACUAUCACGUACUCACUAUAUCAUGUAUACAUGUCCAAG